UUGUUUUGCGAGAAGACUAGCAGACUUUAAAAAAAGGCAGCAGCUUUCUCUUUCCUCUCGUUUGGUUGUUCUCGCUUGAUACUAUUUCGUUUUGAUAGAUCUAACACUCAAUCGAUCCAAGAUGUUUCUCACCAGGACUGAGUAUGACCGUGGGGUGAACACAUUUUCACCGGAGGGAAGAUUGUUCCAAGUGGAAUAUGCUAUCGAGGCCAUUAAGCUGGGUUCAACUGCAAUUGGGAUAAAGACGAAAGACGGUGUAGUGCUGGCUGUCGAGAAGCGUAUCACUUCGCCGUUGUUGGAACCCAGCAGUGUCGAGAAGAUUAUGGAAAUUGAUGACCAUAUAGGAUGUGCUAUGAGUGGGUUGAUUGCUGAUGCACGCACACUUGUUGAACAUGCUCGGGUUGAGACUCAGAACCACAGAUUCUCGUAUGGUGAACCAAUGGCUGUGGAGUCCACAACACAAGCUCUCUGUGAUCUGGCCCUUCGAUUUGGUGAAGGAGAUGAAGAAUCCAUGUCUCGACCAUUUGGGGUGUCUCUUCUCAUUGCUGGUCAUGAUGAGAACGGGCCUAGCUUGUAUUAUACUGAUCCGUCUGGCACAUUUUGGCAAUGCAAUGCAAAAGCUAUAGGUUCAGGCUCCGAGGGUGCAGACAGCUCUUUGCAAGAGCAAUUCAACAAGGACCUAACUCUUCAAGAAGCUGAAACAAUUGCACUGUCCAUUUUAAAGCAAGUAAUGGAAGAAAAGGUGACACCGAACAAUGUUGAUAUUGCCAAUGUAGCACCAACUUACCAUCUAUACACACCUUCGGAGGUGGAAGCUAUUAUCACUCGCCUAUGAGAAUGCAUUGUCAUCGACAAUCUUACCGUGCGACGACUUGCUUUCUUCGUUUAUUAGGCAUGGAGUUGGGGGAGGAUCUUGUAUUUGUCUUCUGGGGAUUCAAACUUAUGAAACAUUAGUUUCUGGUUUGGCACUAAACUCACCUACUCGGUUGGAUAAUUUAAUUACAGCUGAUCAGAAAAAGAACCCUUUUUUAAUUGCAUGAUUAUGUUCUCAGGUUCUA